AUGGCCACUGCCCGCUGGCCAGGCCCCCGGGGUCGGAGCCGGGGCCGAGGCUGUGCCAACGCGGGCGGCGGGGCAGUGCGAGGCGGCCGCUGCGACGUGUGCGGGAAGGCCUUCAGCCAGCGCAGCAACCUGCUGCGGCACCAGAAGAUACACACGGGCGAGCGGCCGUUUGUCUGCGGGGACUGCGGCCAGGGCUUCGUGCGCAGCGCGCGCCUGGAGGAGCACCGGCGGGUGCACACGGGCGAGCAGCCCUUCUCCUGCCCCGAGUGCGGCCAGCGCUUCUCGCAGGCGUCCGGGCUCACGCAGCACCUGCGCACCCACACGGGCGAGCGGCCCUUCGCCUGCCCCGAGUGCGGCAAGGCCUUCCGCCAGCGGCCCACGCUCACGCAGCACCUGCGCGUCCACACCGGGGAGAAGCCCUUCGCCUGCGCCGAGUGCGGCCGGCGCUUCGGCCAGAGCACCCGGCUCAUCCAGCACCAGCGCGUCCACAGCGCGGAGUAGCGGCGCUCCCGACCCCGUGCCCACCUCGGGCCUGUGCCCACGUGGGGAGGGGACACCCCGGCCUCACAGGGUGGUGAGGCCUCCGCCGCACAGGUGCCAGCGGGCGGCCCCGCAAAUGCUCAAUAAACAGAAGGAACCUGGGUCUGGGUGUCCACGCACACAAUGCCACCCACUGCGCGGCCCUCUCCAACACACACACACCCUUCCCGCUGCGACCCUGCAGUCCCCGAGCGCCGUGACCCCCACCCCCACCCUCCGAGAUGAUCCUGGCAGCAGCUGCACGUCUGUGGGUGCCUCCUCCAUGGCUCGAGAUGCCUUCCACGCACACACACACCCGCUGCCCCAGCCAGCUGCCGGAGGACCCCACGGCUGGUUCUCCCCUGCAGCCCAGACACAGCCUGGCAUGUCUUUGUCAAACCUUUAACCUGGGAAGACGUCCCUGAGGUGAGAAAGCUGGGUGAUUUUAUCUGGAAACACAACCUGCGGGACUUUCCCCCAACCCCUAUGGCAUAGGGCCUAUGGGCACAGGGGUCGGUGGCAGGCCCAGGCCAGGUCCCAGCCCCUGGGCUGCACUUCCGCCCUCACUCCUCUCCCGUCCUGUUCUGCCCUCCCUGAGGCUCUGGUCCAGCUUCCCUCGGAGCUUGUGCACGUGCCAAGCGCUGGCUGCCUCCCAGAGGCUGCAGGCCCCUCCGCAGGCAAACCACCGGUGCCCUCUGGGAGGACACAACGGUGACAAAGACCACUUCCAGUCCAGCCUGCUGCCUCAGUUCGGCCAUCCCCUCCCGCCCUUCCUGGUCCAGCCCCCAUGGCCUCCUUCACCAGAAUUUCCUGCGCGGUUGAGUCUAGGCCACGAUGUUAGACACCACACUUGUCCAGCUUUGGCCAGUCCAGCGUCACCUCUCCAAUAACCUGUGCCCCUGUGCCCAGAGGGGCCUCAGCAACUGGCCAGGCUGGCCAAAAGGUUCCCCGAGACCACGGCUGGAAAAAGAUGGCCAUCCACCUCAUGAGGAGGCCGAAACGACAAAGCAGAGCGGCUAACAAGAACGGAGAGGAAGGGCCAGAGGGAAAGGGCUGAGUGCCUGCAGCCUGAGACCGCCGGCGUGUACCCCAGCGCCUCGCCAGCGAUCGGCUCUCUGGGCUCCAGAGGGGACGCCGGGGCUGCGAGGCUGGGCGGCCAGGGGGCUGCAGGGCGCAUGUGGGGCGGUGGCGUGGAGGCCGGAAGGAGGGGCAGUUGCUGGGGUCAGCCCACCGGGCCCGGGCGCCAAGGGUACCGGCGCUCAUGGGGCAGAGCCUCCGCGGAGGCCGGCGGCAACUCGCUGCGCUGAGGACGGGGAAGCGGUGGACGCCGGUCCGUCCCGGGAGGGGGGCGUCAGGGCCACUGCGCCGAGCUGAGAACCGCGCGCCUGAGAUCGGGGGGUCUGCGUCUCCCCAAAAAGGGAAGCCCCGCCAGAGCUGCCCAUCCCGGCCCUGCCCUGGCGACCUACCUCCUCACCGGCCGGAAGGUUCCCGCGGUGACGCCGGAAAUGGCAGAACCACUCACGCCGCUGCGUCCCGCCCUCCGGAGCAUGCGGAGCUGUGAUUGGAGGAGAGGCUGAGCCCGCCCACAACGCCCGUGGCGGCGCCGCGGGAACCCCAGACCCACGCUGAGGCGGCCCCGCCCCCCAGCCUUCCCUUAUUACACUUAACUGGUACAUGUUUAGUUAUUUUAGCUCCACCUGAGUCUCCGCGAGCGGAUGGUUGGGGUUGGCGAUGGGACAUGAGGGUGCUCCACCCCGUACCCUCCGGACAACACCCCUGGCCUCACCCCAGGCCCCAGCCCCGGCAUCACCAGGCUCCUGUCCGGGUCGAGGGCCUCACUUGACCCCCCACC